AUGGCGGCGCCUUCUCAGAUGAAUCCCACCUCCGUACCUGAGGCUGCGGCGCCGCGCCAGUUCAAGAAGCACCGAGUCCUGCCGCGGCCGCACAUCGAUCAGCCGCACGAUGGCUCUAGGCGCAAACCCAAUCUAGCCAGCGCGGCGAUGGUGCCCAGAAGCUCGACGCCUCACCCGACCGUGAAUCCACAGCCCUUAAAACACCAGCUCAGGAGAAUAAACACCGGGCCUGAUUUGCCUCCAACUCCGCCCGCGCACUCAAACGCAUCCUCCAGCAGCCACUCUGCCGCCGCAUCGAGCCCGACAAGCACCGAAAGUAGCGUCAGGCUGCCGAAUGUCGUCGCGACUCGACCGCCAGCCACCCCUCCGGACCAGCGCAGCCCCCCGACUCCAGAUGUCACCCCGCCGCAUCCUGCAAGCCUCGCCAAGAACCCGCGGCCCAGCAUAAAGGACCGCAUGGCUUCGGGGAGCACAAUGGGCACGGAGUCGAGAGCCGAGUCCUUCAUCACCGCCCGCGAGGAGGUGACGCCUUCGGAGGACGAAACAGUAGCCGAAUGGCCUCGCAAGUUUUCGGCGGCCUCGCAUACCACCAUCAUUCCGUCCGCUAACGCUGUUACUACUAAUCGUGAUGCGGUGCGACCAAUAACUCCUUCGGAUAGAGCACAAAGAACACCGACUGGAGAUGGAAGGCGAGAAGAAGGCGACUCUACGCCAAAAGCGAAGGCAAAAGCUUCUGAAUUUGUAGACAGACGGGACGCUGCCCCAGAAGCUGGGCAUUCGCAAGAUGCCCGCUUGUCGAAUGCAGUUAUGUCCCAGAAGAACCAGUAUCGACGUCGACCCUCGGGAGCCUCGCGGCCAAUUUUGCAUCAUGAUCCUGUCGUUGAAGACAAAGUAUCUGUCGGGCCUACCGACGCCACGAAAGCUGUGCGCAACAUGCAACUCGAAGAGGCAGCACCUGUAGUCUCGUCUUCGAAGAGACCCAAUGAUGGAAAGCCUGCCAAGUUGGUCCAUCCGCAAGUAGAGGCGACGGCAAAGCGAGAGCGACCAUUAAGCACCUCUAGCCAGUCAACUGUGGUCGAGGUUUUUCUUGUCGAUGGCCCCCCGAAAAGGGAGAGAACUCUGCGCCACAUGCGAAAGCAAAGCACUUUGAGAAAUGCUACUGAAAGCAAGGUAGACACUGCUUCAAUAGCCCGUGUGGAAGACGUGAAAGAAAAAGAAGAGGAGGUUCCUAAACCUUCCAAGGUUACACAAAGUCAGCUGGAUUCCUAUGAUCGCGAGAGUUACAUCUCAACCGUCACACACUCGACAAACAGAUCCAUCUCGAGUAGAACCGCGAGAAGGGAGAUUUGGAAGAGUGGUGGUAUCCCGGUAGUCAUUGUCCCUGAACGACGAUCGUCGAGGGGUCCCAAGAGCAGGGAGCCUUCUCUUCGAUCGGCAUCUAGCAGGCACUCAGACAAGGCAAAGAGCGUCAACUCCGCCCCUGCCCGUGAUGUAUCGCCAUCUGCAAACUCUGGUCCCGUCUUUGAUCGCCCUGCUCGUCGGAGUCGAGCGUAUUCCGAAUCCGAUAGAUCUGAAAGAACGAUUGAUUUCCCCCCGGUAAUUCCGCAGCGGUCUUCGUCGCUCUCAGCUCCAACCAGUCGCAACGCUUCUAGGCGUGGAUCAAUAACUGCUAGCAGCGUCAAGUUACACAAUGCCGAGAUCGAACAGCAACUUAACGCUUCUAGGCGUGAAUCAAUAACUGCUAGCAGCGUCAAGGUACACAAUGCCGAAAUCGAACAGCAACUUAAUCGCCAUUGCAGCCAAGAAGUGCACAUCAUCUGUCCCAGCACGCCAUCGCUGUCCCCUCUGUCCCCUCUGUCCCCCUUAUCCCCCGGGAUGCAGGACUUGGAAAGAGAGGACCCGUUUGAUCACCUUGGGGUUGAUCAGCACGACGAUGUACUUUCGGUGAAGAAGAUUCCGUUGCGGAAUACGCCUUUCUCGGUUGCGUCCAUGGAGACGUGUGCAACGGCCCCUGAGCUGGUAGAAGCCCUCGCUGUUCAAAUGUUCCCUCAUCAAAAUUCAUCGGUUCUUAUGGUCAAUCACUCGAACCGGCCGUCAGAGGCAGCGUUGGUGAGGCGCGUUUCCAGCCCUCCCAAAUCAUUGGUGGCGCAUUUGUAUGAUCAGGCUCCCGUCACUCCUCCCCAGAAGAGAUUCUCUUCCCUCGAGGUCGAUUCACCUCUGCGCAACCCGCGAGCUCCACCACAACCGCCGAGGUACCCGCCCGCAAUCAACUUCAUUCCUGCCACACCAUCGGGUAUGACGCCUGCGGCCGAGCGAGUUAUUCUGCAAGGCAACUACUUUGAAUCUUUGAAGGAGAAGCCUCCACGACGACCCUCCAUCGUCAGAAGAGCUUUCAGCCGCCGCCGCCAUUCCAUCGACUACGUGUCAACCUCGAGAGGGCCAGGCUUCCUUGCCAGGACCUUUUCUUUGUCACGGAGAACUCGUGAUGACAGCGACAUCUCUCUAUAUAGAGACAAUGAACAACCAACUGAAGAGGACAAGCUGCAUCCGUUUUGGCGCCCCCAGUGGAUCAGCGAUGAGGAUUCUGAGCCUAGGUCCGAUGAGGACGAAUAUAGUGACGAUGAGGAUGAUUAUGAACGUGAUGAUGAAGUCUAUCGAUACCCCCCUGUGGACAACCGCCCGCGAAGACCAACAAGGAGCUUUAGCCAAAAGGUGAAGCAGACUUUUUCGAUUCUGCCAUCACAAGAGUAUCAUGUCGAUGACGUGCAUGGGCCCCAACGCCGGACAAUCAAACGGACAUCAAGUGGCAAUCUGCGCAUCGUACGCCGCAAAAUCAGCGCUGAAUCGAUUAGACGACGACAGAGUCAGAGCAGAGACCCGAGAUCGAUUGUUGGUGAGCCUCGCAAACGGUUCUGGCGGAGACGAAGCAUUGGUCGAGGCAGUGUGAUGGGUUCACGGCGAUUUUCCAUUGGGAGCAAAUUGGAAGAGAUUCAAAAUAUUCCGCAAAAGAUAAGCGAGAGACGACGCGAGAAACGCUCGCAGAGACUUCGACAGAUGAUUAGCGGGCCGAAAGAAGUUCGAGACGGCGUUGGUGAAGUAAUCAGACCCGGCAACGGGGCGGCUCAAUUCGACCCAGCUGGACGAUUUUAA